AUGAAUACAAAGUUUUCAAGAACAGACAAACCGAAAGGGAAGUUUGCACAGUCGAAUAUUAACUUGGUUUACAGAGGAAAUGCCAGUGAAGUUCAGUCGAAACCUACUCUUCGAAGUGGUGGACUUCAAAUUGUUGGUAAACUGCAGGGCACUAGGCGUAAUCCCCCACCGCCUCCCUGGGUGCCGAGUAUCAAAGCUGAAAUGGGUGGUCAGGAUACGAAGGUAAACAUAGUCCCCCCGGGGGGCUCUGGUUGGGGGACUGGAUCCUCCACAAAUACGGUUUUGGAGAACCCGCCUAAGAGUGAUCCGAAGACAUGCUCCAGUACCGCUUCUGUCUUCGAGUCCGUUUCUGAAUCCACAGGGAAGGACAACGAUGCAUCAAAGGGCCCAAAUUACACUGAUUCUUUUCAAUCUACUCUGGUCAAGCCGCCGCAAAAACCUUUCUUUGCUCCACGUUCCUCGAAGAAUGUUUCAGGGAAACCGCGAAAUGACGGCUCUCCGGAUAUUAGCCGGCCGCUUACUUCGAAGAUGGCAGGACCUACGAUCCCAUUUUAUCAGCGUCCUACCACAUCACUAUCGAACUCUGUUACCCCCAAAGAUUCUGAGCUUGCAGAAUCUAGCGCUGACGAGAAGCCAGUUGAAGCCAAGGUUGGAUCGAAUGAAAUUGUAGCUCCUCGUACCGGUUGGGCGGCUGUAACGACGGAAGAACCAGAUUUCCAGGAGCGCAUUAAUUUCAGCGAUGGUGAAGAGGACGUAUCAAAGGCGUCUGCGGCUGAAGUAUCUAAUGAGCUUCCCAAGACGUCGAUUGUAUCAGUCACUUCGUGGUCGUCAUCAUCUAUUCAACCUGCACUCCCGGCGCAGGUUCCCUACCCUCGGGCUGCAUGGGAUCAGUCUCAUUGUUUCACUCCCGUGUCCCCAAUGCAACACGCUUUUAAUGCAUCCUUCUGUAAUCCAAACGAAGGCAUAUUUGCGGAAUCUUCUCCCAUUCCUGGCACUCGUCCGGACGUGCUUCCUAGUCGGGAAGUCGCUCUAUUGUCGGAGCAGCUUCAGCGGACAUCUUUUGCUACCUCUGAGGCCCAGGUGCAGGCUCAGCGUGAGGAGCGGACGUUGGCCUUUAAGUCAGCUGUAAGUAGGGCACAGAUGGCGAGAAAGAAACGUAGCGAUGCUGAGGUUAUCGAGUCCAAACGGAAGGAUCAGUCCAUUGAUUCGACGAAGAGCACUCUUACUGACGUUAGCGUUUUCUCUCAAUCGAUCAUGCAAUCUGGGACGGCAGCUAUGGCGGGUACUCCUACCUUCUCCAUGCACGGCCCCGUUAACCAUUCUCCCCAGCAUCACGCCAUCGAACCUGUGAUUGCAGCCUUGUACAAUAAUGGGUUUUCUGGUCUAAUGCAUUCGGUUGCUUCUGGCAACGGUCACUUGCAGUCUCAAAUGAAACCGCAGGCGCAACUAACUGGUACUCUUUCUCCUUCUUCAUGGAAUUCUGGUUCUUUCUCAGCGAGUAGUCAGCCUCCAUUCAUGCAUCCUCCAUAUCCGCUCUCUAACUCUCCAAAAUUGCCAACCAAUCAGGGGUUUUAUUUCAAAUCUGACCAUUUGGCGGUAACUGCAUUCAAUCAACAGUCUAAUUCAAAGGGUAGUCACGUUCAGGGACUUCAACCUGAUCGUCCUAUUGAAAGUUCUUUACAUUCAUACGCAAAUACUGCCGGAGAAUCAUCAAUGGUAAAUCAUCUUCCUUUUCAAUCUUCGAAAUCCCACAUCGCGCAGCAUCCUCCUACUUCUCCGACCCUGGAAAAGCGGAUGGAAAGUGAUUCUAAUAAGGAACUGAUUGUUUCUUCUUUAACGCGAGCUGUAGCAAUUAAUAGUCGUCCUCUUCAGAUCUCUGCUCAUCCAGAAGGCUCGCGCACUGCAUUUACACCUCCAGCACCGUCAACAAUAGAGGCUUUCCCACCGCAGAAUUCACAUCCUCAAUCUCUGCAGCAGCAGCAGCAGCAGCAGCAGCCACACAUUACUCCACUCAUGGAAGUUAAUCUUUCUGGUAAAUGGAGCGAAAAGGAUUUCGACACGUUCCCUACUGCGGUGACUUCGCGAGAUAAUUUUGCUAGGUUCAAAUCCAGUCGCGUUGGUUCAAAACAUGUUAACGACGAAAGGAGUUGCGGCUAUCGGUACGCAACGUAUAGCAGCAGUGGACGACUGAAUCGAGGCCCAUCACAAAGGGACGCACUGAAACGUCCGCCUCGAGGAGCAUUGGAAAUGGAUGACAAUCGUACUGACGAGCGUCCUGCUGAUGAACCUGUUGGCGAAGUCACAGAGGAGCAACAGGGGAUUUCGAGACGCCAGCGUCGAGACGAAAUUGCUAGCGGCACAUUUCCACGCCAACAGCGUCUUAGAGGGUCGAAUCGCAUGCCUAAGUCAAGUCGUGGUGCUCUCCAUGAUUAUGAUGAAUUUAAGCAGCAAAAUUGUGAAUUUGAUCGUCAACAAAUUUCUUCCUCGCACAAUCAGCGAGAUAGGUGGAGGAGUGGAGGCAGCGGAUGUAAAAACAUAAGACAAGCCGAUCGUGUUAUCGAGAAGGUGGGCUCUGCUGUAUCGUCUAGUAGAGGUAGAAAGACUUUUCCGCGUAGCGGUCCUGGUGACCGACGGUAUGCUGGCCAUGGUGAUGUGUCGAAUCUUCGAGGGCACCAUCCAAGCCACAGGAAGAUCGACGAGAUUGCGGAAACUAUAAAUCUGACCUCGCAAAAGGAUGUGGAUGAGGUCGAUGCCAAUGCGGUAUCGGACUCUGAGCAAGGCGCCACAGCUGUGCAGCUGACGAGAUCGGACUCCCAACAAUUUCACUCGCAAAGGUCGCUGAGGGGAGGUGGUAACAGCGGUCGGCAGCGUAGAGGACAGCAUAGUGGUUCUCAAAGGCAUCCGCAGCGUCGCGGUCGUACUGAUCGAGCAAACACCCGCCGACAAAAUAACCGCCGUCAUCCAGACGAUGACGAUGAUCACGACUUUAAGGGUGGGCCCUCUAAUACCAAUGGCACUUCAACUGCUGUUGCUACCAACACCACUUCUAGCGACAGCAAUACAGGUAGGGGCGAGGGUAGAGCAAAUACGGAGUCAAACGGUAGCACCACCUCUAGUGGUCAACAACCAAGUGGGACUGUCGAUGCUGUGCAAUCUUGCGAAACCAACGUCUUUGCACCCGCUGCGAAGUCUCGGGGUCAUGCGCAUUCAAUCACAUUGGCGAGUGAUGUAGAGGUCUGGGAGACUGCCUCGGAAGGUUUCAGUUCCUCUCUGUUGGGGACUUCGCCAGGGUGUUCUUUUGCCGAUUGUACAAGCGCAUCACCAGCAGCAGGUACUGCAAAAGCAGAUGAUCAUAAAAACCUCGCUGCUGCUGAUGAUGAUUAUGAAGAGGGCGGUUACAGCUACCCUCUCAAAAGAACCUCUCAGCGUCGUCCAACUCCUAUGAUCACGGGCAAAAUCGUCCCCUUAAUGUCAAUUAAUGCAGAGGCCCCACCUUCCUAUUGCGACAACCCGAGCUUCCUGGACUCCCCAUUGCCGAGUGUUAAGUCACCAAUUAAUGAUGCAGUUCCCAACGGAUCUUCUCCAGAUGUAAAAGAUGGUGAAUCUGUUGCUGGGAGCGCUUCCAUCUCCAGCGAAGAUGGGUUUACGGAGGUGCGUUCUAAGUCCAGUAAAAAGCAGCAAAAGGCAAAGCUGCAGCAAAAAAGUCAGAAAUCCUCAAUUUCUUCUGACGAGAGGUCUUCAUCUGCUAAAACCAAGAAUCGUGAUCUCGUUAGGCCGCGCGGUCAGGUGUUGGUAUUGUCUAAGGCCGAUCAGAAACCCUCAAAGCCUCCCAAAAAUGACGAACCGUCUGCAAAAGACAAGCAGCGUUCUGCCUCAACCACAAUCACAGCUACUGCUAACUCUAGUCAAACAGUCUCAAAGCAUUCGGAAUCCGCUGCAAAAAAAAUGUCCAAUUCUCUCAUGCCUCAGCCGGCUAAUGCCUGGCUGAAACCACUUCAGGAAACUAUUAACGAAAAGGCUGCUGCUGCUGCCGCUAUGGCUGCUCAAAGCAGCACAAAAUCAAUAACCGCUCCAUCUGACCCUGCUUCUCCGUCGACAAAAGCGCCCGUAUCGACUACCGUAUCUUCUUACGCUUGGUCCGUUGUAGUUGGUUCACGGACCACUGCUACCUCAACCAACUGCACCCCUACUGAAAGCGUCUCGGUGCCAUUGAUGCCUAAGACAAAUGAAAAAAUAGUUGCUUCAAAGUCUACACAGGAUUCCACAUCGGAUCCGUCGACAGUGGCAGUUGCUGGUGCUCAGUCAUUAACUAUGUCAGCUGAUCUCGAUUCGAGUGUGAUUUCACAGUCAAGACAAUCGAAACCUGAGGAAAAGAUGUUGCAGGACGAAAGCACAGCUCAGUUGCCCGAUUCCUCAGGGGUGUCUGCUACGAGUACCUCAACUGCAGCAGCGACAUCAGCCAAUGUUUGCAAGGUCAGGCCUCAAAAACAACCGACGACUACCACCAUUGUCAACUCUUCCACAGCUUCUGUCGCUCACACACCAAAGCCAGAGCUUGCUUCUUUUCCUAUGUCCUCGACUUAUUCAGCACAUGGCAAUACAGUUCUCAUUAAUACGUCUCAGCUUCGGAGACCUAUUGGAGAUGUUGGUGACUGGAUCAGUAAAACUCAUGGAGUCUAUACAAGCAAUUCAUCUUCUGUAUUUUUUGAUGGUUAUGGAAGCAAGAAACUUGAGAACGCUGGAGAUUCCUCACUCGGAUUGCCUUCUGCUGCUACCGCAGCUGCUGCCUUGUAUUUGCAACAACAUCAACAGCAACCAUUCAGACAAACUUUACAUCCCCUCCAGCAACAGCAACCUAUGAUGGGCUUCGGUUUACCUGAUUUAACUAUGCGUCAUCAGAAUAAUCGAAUUAAUGGCACAUGUUCCCAGAACGGAAUGGGAACGGACAGCUACUUCACGGUACCCCCAUUCGGAGCAGGAAACGCGAGUCAAGCGGGAGGACAGCAGCCACCACCACGCGGCUUGUAUCCCCCAGCCCAGCAACGCGGUUUCCCGUCGUGGCAACAUCAGCAGCACUCACAACAGGAGGCUGCUGUCAUGGCUGCUGCCGCUGUUGCUGGUGCAGUAGCGCCCCAGGCUGCUGCUCUGUGGUCCUCCAACUACACUCCUUCACCUCCACCACCUCAUCACCAUCCCUCCUAUGUUGGUGUUAUUGGCGCAGAUCGGCCGUCAUCGACAUCUUCUGUAUCGAUAACUUCUCGUCUCCAAUCAAACAAUGCGAGUGCUUCUCUCUACGGCUCCGGGUCAAUGCGAGGCGGAGGUAGUGCUACUCCAGGUGUAGGAGGUCCACCCUUCGCUCAGCCGGCUCCUCCACCACCGCCUCCACCUCAAGCUGCUUCUAUACCGCCUCCCAGUGGGCUCUAUGCCUCAUCUCCGACGCAUCCAACGCCUCCACCUCCUCUACCGUUUGAUCCCAGUUUUGCUUAUACCAGCGGAGGUCUUGCAAAUUCGACGAGUGUUUUCUCGCACCAAUCGGGAGCUGCAGGGGGUCCUGCAUUGCUGGCUGCCCCGCAUCGUCAGUCAGCAUCUGCUCGAUCUCUUGGUGACCAUCCUCACACUUCACAUCCUCCAGUUUUCAUCAAUGCUCCCCACGCACCCUUCCCAGCUGCUCCUGCUGCAAUUUCCGUUCAUGGUCUGGCUGGCCCUCCUACGGCUCCCAUGACUACUCCUGGUCUGCACUUUUAA